AUGAUCAGCAACCUGUCGGUGUGUUUUCGGCCGAAGGCUGAUUGGGCAAAGCGGAAAUUGUACACAUUUCUUCCGCCUAUUCCGUCCGAUCUUCCCUUCUCUCGUCAACUUCGACGCCUCUUUGCAUCCUCCUCACUUUCCUCGCCACCUUCGCUCCACUCACGCGUUCACUCGCCUCUCCGCCAUUUAGACCUCCGUUUGCCUCUCCACAGGACGCUGUGGUACAGCCCUUUUAACCCACCUGAGUCAGGUUAUUCAUGCCAAACUGUUACAUCGCCCCGUAGGAUGAUCCUUCUCAAAUCUAUUUGUCUUAACCUGCUACCUGAAGCCUCCUUCGCUUGA